AGAGAUACAUGUACAGUACACUAGAGAGCGAGAGAGCGGAGGCAUAUAUAGGAGUGGCGCGGGAGGGCAUGGCCGUUGCGAGGGCGCCGAGUAUUUGGCAGUGUUGUGAGAGUGGCUGCCAGUGAGGCUAGCGGAGGUUCUUUGCGUCAGAGCGAUCAGCAGAGAAGCUCUCAAUUGAAAUCCCAGUGGGAGGUUGGUCGUCGUUCUCCUGCAGGUUUCCUCCUCCCUUCAUGGCUUUGCUCGGCCUCUUCCACAAGCGGGAAAAGAACAAGUCCUCCCGUUCCACCACUCCUUCCAGGUCCAACGCCUCCGACCUCGAUCCUACAGAGGCAGAAUACGUCCUUCCCAGCUCUUCAGCGACACCUGCCCUCCCUAAUGGUUUAUAUAACAGCCCGCUCGCUGCUACAGCCUCCUCGAGCAAGCUUAAGCUUGGCUUCGGUCGCAAAAAGUCCUCUGCCCUAGUUCAGCUGGAUGAAACGCGGUUACACCCACCGCUUCUGAGCUCACCUAGUGUCAUGUCUGAACCAGAUAUGGACCAAAUGCGUCCUCCUCCAGCAAAAUCCGCUCUUUUCUCUGUUUAUGCUGAUUCACCAGGUGCGCAUUCUACCAGAUCGUUACCAACCAAUCCGUUCCAUUCGCGUACCGACUCGCGAGACAUAGCCGGUGUUCAUGCGCAGAAUACUUCUGAACCACCGAACUCCGGAAAGAAACACCCCGCCAAAUCUGGCAACAAAGGUGGUGGUUUUUUUCAUUGGGGUCGCGAUCGCAGCAAGUCAAGACCCCCUGCUCCUCCACUCGAGCUCACUGUCAACCUCCCCGCCGAAUCCUUCAAUCUCAAGUCGUUUCGUCACAUCGGGUCCGACGCUCCACUUGCUGAGCUCCCACGACUACCUUCUUCACUCUCAAGCCCAUUCAACACACCUCCUCUUCGACCGAGGGUCAACAGCGUUGCCUCGGAUACUUCACAGCGUAUUUCGGUUGCCGCUUUCCGUGAGAUGGCGGCGCGACGAGCCAACUCCCCUUCACCUGCUUUGCGUCCACCAUCAACAGCUGACCUCUCACGAAUCAGCACAUCGUCACCAACACCAGGUCGACGGUCAGUUCUGGAUGCAAGGCCGUCGUCCGCGCGUGCUUCGACUGCCCUUGCACUGUCCAGUGACAGCACAUCCACAGAAUCUGAAUCUGAGGAAUCCUCGUCUGAGGACUCUGGAGGGUCUGCGACUUUACGUCCCAAGCGCAGUCGAACAAUCACUCAACGAUCUGCCUCUAAGGCUACCUCUGAGCUUGGCCACCGUGCACAAACAUCUACAGUAACUCCGACGCGCACCACUCAAUCAAAUCUGGGGCAUGACGAGGGCAAUUCCAGGUCUCAGCCACCAUCUGCUUCGAGGCCUCCGCGUGCGGGCAGCAUAUACGGGAGAACGCGAGCGUCAGCUUCCACAUCUGCUCUCCAUCCAAACGCUGCUGCAAGGCGGGCCUCAUUACGGGCUGCGCCCAAGGUUCCCAUACCAGGUUCUUCGCGCCCUACUGCCGCGCAGAGCACAACUGACAGUUCAGAUUCGGACUCGGACGAUUCGGAUGACGCCCCUUUGGCACAACUCGUGGGUCCGAGACGUCCUGGAAGUUCUGCUUCCAGCGCGACGUCUGGCUCUCGUCCCCGUAUGCCAGCCAAACCACUCAUUGACCUGAGCGGAGUGAAUCCUCCUGUUUUGCCGCCCUUACCUUCUUUCGAUCAACGGCCACCGUCUUUAUCAGACAAAUCGCCGUCUACGACUUCGGAAAAGCCUAGUCUCUCUGAUCGGCUUGCGCGCGUCGCUCAGACAGCGGCAACUAAAUCGAAGGAGGACUUGUCUCGCGUCUCGCCGGUGGAGAGACGCUCCUUGGAUUAUCUGAAUUUACCAGAUCAUGGCAAGAAGGAGGAUGAGAAGCCAGCCAAGAAGCUACUGCCACAUCCUAGUCGAAGUCAAACCGCUCCAACGGACGGUCUGGAACCUUUGCCGACUCCUGGCACGAAACCAAAACCUAAUGGCCGUUCAUUAUCCUCACCGAAUGCUGUUCCUGUUGACCUCACAGAUACGAAACCAAUAGUACCUACGCCGAUACGCGAACGAUCUCCUCCGCCCGCCUUCAGUGUCACCUCACGGCCUACUUCUCAAGUGUCUAUGUCUUCGAAUCCUCGGCUGUCUGGCUCAAUGUCUCCUGCCCAGUCCGCUCCAACUAUUCGAGCCGUUGCUCCCUCGUCAUCGUCGUCUCCCACGAACCGAUCCCCUGUACUAUCUUCGUCCCCUUCGGCAAGUCCUUCGAACCCUCCGCUCAGAUCGCCUCCACCUCGCACGUCUUCCCGAGUCAUUAGCUCAACUUUGAUUCCGAAUAGUGGCAAGCCGCCCGUGAAAGGCUUUACUGGAGGUGGCCUUCUUGCUGGUGUUGUCUCGAGCUCUGACGAUGUAAGCCCGGGCGCACCAAGUGGCGUUUCCAGACCCAGAAAUGUGAGACAGCGAUCCUCAACAAUGGUCGACUCUGCUUCCUCACCAUCUGCAUACACUCGUUCAUCAAUUAACUUGAAUACCCUGAUACCCUCUCCGAGCAGCGGCUUAGGUCCUCCAAAACCAUUCGCUGACAAUGCUAUCCGUGGUAAUAGCCCAGCAAGUUCUACUGGAGAUUCUAGCAGCGGUCGAACGCCCUUGACUCCUGCUGAUGGCAGUGAGGUUGGGUAUGGAAGGAAGAGUAGGGCAUGGGAGUCCGGCGAAAGUCCAGUGAGCAGUAAUGCGAACUCUGCUGUAGAGCCCUACAAGAAAGGUCACAGGAAGAGUUUGAGUCUCACAUUUGAGCUACCUGAGAAAGACCGGGGACGGCCGAUGGGACGGGAAAAAGUACAGCAAGAAAGCCCGGAGACUGGAGAGGAGCGUCGACGGGAGCGUAGGAGAAGCGAAGCGAAGGCAGCCGUUGAGUUUGGCAAUUUGGUCAAUGGUCGUGGGCCCCUCCCGGACGAUGAAGACGAGGAUGUCCCUCUUAAUAACAUGGGACCCCGUAUGAGCAUGAUGAAUCCCAUGAUGAGUUUCACGCCUCCUACGCCUAACAUGGCAUGGCGACCUCCUACAAUGAUGGGUGGUAUGCCUGGUAUGCCUGGUAUGCCUCCUGGCAUGAUGUUCCCUGGCCCUGCACCAAAUGCGGAUCCUGCUUUCCUCGCUGCGCAUCAGCAAGCCAUGUUGGUGGCGAAGCAAGCAUACCAGUAUGCUGUUGCACAACAAGCCAUGGCACAGGCCAACGAGGAAUGGGAACGUGGAUCAACCGCUACCAGUGCGUUCGGAGGAGGUGGAGGCUAUGGAGGUAUGGGAAUGGGAAUGAACCCUAUGGGUAUGUUCCCAAAUCCCUAUGGUAUGCCUGGAUGGACGGGAUCUAUGAUGUUCCCGAAUACGGCGCAGACCAUGUACGCUGGCAGUGUCGCAGGUAGUGACAUCGGUGGGAAUGGAGGUUGGGGCUCGAGAAGUGUCUAUGGUGGACCAGGAGACCGGUCUUCUCAGAUUCUCAGAGGUGGGAAUGCAGGGUUCAGCGACAGUCGGUCUGAAGCAUUUGGACCUAUCAGCUCGCCGACGCAGCCCUUGCGGCCUGCUCCCAGACCCCGGACGAAGACCGCGCCCUCCGAGGGACCGUUACCCGCUCAACACGCCCGUUCGCGUCCUGCGCCGCCACCUUCCAGUUGGAGGAGUGGUGGAGGACAGAGGGGGUUGUAGGCUUUUCAUUGCUUUCUCUCAUCUCAUGUUUUGAUCUGUCUAAGCUAUGUCACUCUACAAUUUGCAUACGCAUCCAUUAAUCUCGCAUUCACAUCAUUCUCUUCACGCAUUAUGUUUUGUUCAUGCACUUUGGUGUUUCAUGGAUUAUCUAUAUUUUGUUGCUAUUUUUUUUUCAAGGUCUCAUACGUUCUUUAUCCCAUACCCUCGCAUCUUUCAUAUUGUGCAUACUCGCUCUUUAACCUCAUUCACCUCAAUAGAAGCAUGUGUUUCUUGCUAUUUGCAUGCUUUGGGUCUUAUCGUACGACCCGUCUUCAUGUGUUCUAAACUUUCUUCAAAAUGAGACCUCACUCACAUCACAUAUAAUACCCUCUUAUCGACGGUCUGCGGCAUAUACUCAUGCCCACAAUAAGUAACCGGCGCCAGACGCGCGGCGCGUCGCGUCACGUGACUCACAUCGAUUUGAGGAGGAGACAACCGACUGUCUAUGGAACAGACGGCACUACAACUGUAUAUACAAUGUAUUAGAUAUCUAUUCUAGCUAUCUAUGUAUUUAAAAACUCGUAUGUCCACCAUGAGCAGCC